CAAAUUGUCGGCAAGUUUUUCUGGCAAGUUACAUUCAGCUGACGGCAGUUGAUUAGCAUCAACUUGCACGCAAGUACUAUCCAGCCAAGGCUUGCCAGAAACUUGUUGUUAAGUUAGCCGAAAAUGUUUCACUGCAGAACUUGCUCAGCAAUAUCAGGGGGGUAGUAUGCAGCAUAGUAAUGCAUAAAAUACCUAAAUACAUUCAUUCUUGUUCAUCAUAUACCGGCAACUAGAACGCAUCGUACACGUGUCAUAAUUUUUCUAAACGUAUAUUAAGUAAGUUAAAUUAAAUUUAGACACUUAAGGUUGAAAAAAACCGUACUAAUUUUUAUUUGACUAAUUAAUAAAAUUCUACUGUACAUAUAAUGACUAAAAAAUUAUAUGAGUAUAUAACAUUGAAAGUAAAUGCAAUCAUUUCCGCAACACGUAUUAGUUAGCUCUUUAAUUGGCGUUGGGAUAACCUAUCCAGCUAGACAUGUAUUUUAUUUCAUUUGUAAAACUAAUUUUUUAUAAUAGAAAUUGAUUUUUUUUUCUUUAUCAAAAAAGAAAUAUUAAUAAAAAUCGAAAAAUUUGAUGAUGUUUUUCGAGUUGUUUUGUACUUUUAUUUAAUUUAAAAGAAGAAAAAUCAUUUUUAAUAAAAUGGCUUCCAAUACGGUGCCUAAAGAACGUAAUGCACUCAUUUUAAACUCGCGUUUUAAACAUUAUGAAAAACUUCGUAAAAUCGAUAAUGAAGAUCAAGAAAAUUCGUUAAAUAAUCACGAAAACCACUCUCAUAAUGAAGAAUUCUACAAUGAAGAUUUUGAAGUUGUUAAACCCAAAUCUAUACGAAGGAAAGAAAAACAGAUGGAAAAAACAAAAAAUCGUUUCGAUCGUGAUAAAUCUAGUUGUAAUCAUUUUAAUCGUUUAGAACGUAAUUUAAAUGAAAGAAAAAUAAUUAAAGAUCAAUGUAAAAGUUUGGUUAGUGGAAAAAACGUUGAAAGAUAUCGCGAUAAUGUAAAAAUAUAUGAAGAUAAAGAAAAUUGUGUUAUUGUAGUUAAAAAUAAAGAUUUUGUUAAGUCAGUAAAAUAUAUUCCUGCGCCUUUACCUUUAACGAAUCCGUGGAAUAAAUCCGUGGAACAGUCACACAGACACGUUGAUAGAAUAGUUAAGUCAUCGCAAAAUACUGGAAUACAAACUGAACGAGUACAGAAUAACUUGGCAAGAAUUCAGGGAUCGAUUACAAACCUUAAAUGGCAACAAUCAGAAGACAACACAGUACAUACGCGCAAUAGAAAUAGUGAACACAGACUGCGAAAACAUUAUAAUAAUGAACACAACAGAUACGAAAGAAAAUCUAAAAGACGAGAAAACACAGGACACCGUGCAAGAAAACAUAAGCCUGAAUCUGGAAUACGAAAAUUGGAAUCCUUCGUGAAAAAUGAACAGAUUGAAAAAAAUCAUCCUGUUCCUGUUCCAUCAUACAAAAUACCUUUCAUUGGAGGAUUCUAUAUGAAUAAUUUCAAUGGUGUAAAUUUAAAUUCAACAACACGAAAAGAAUAUAUAAAAAAACAGAUUGAAUAUUAUUUUAGUGAAGAAAACCUACAACGUGAUUUCUUUAUGCGUCGGAAAAUGAACUCUGAAGGAUACCUUCCUAUUGCUCUGAUAGCUACGUUUAAACGUGUCCAGUCAUUAACGACGGAUUUAACAUUAAUUAUCGAUUCGAUUAUCGAUUCUAAGCUACUGGAAAUUAAUCUACCCAACCAGGUAAGAACGGCAGUUGAUCCAUUAAAAUGGCCUAUUCCAUUUGAUCCAAAAAAUCCUAUAUUUGACAAUUAUUUAAUGCAAAAAGUUUCUCUAUUGCAAUUAUACACACAUACACCACAAGAAGAGUUUUGUCCUGUUGCCAAACCACUUUCAACUCUACCAACUCCUCCGCCAGUUAAAACUUAUGAUACAACACGAUAAAAAAAUCAUAUUUUUAUUAAAUAAUGACGAUGGUUUAUUCAAAAACAUCAACUGAGAGAAAAAAAAGACUUGACCCUCUACUUUAUUUGUAAAUAAUUAUGUACCUAUAAUAUUUAUGUACGUAAUAAUAUUUAUUUUGUCAAUAGUUGAAUUCCCACGGUAAUGAAUAAUUUUCUUAUGGAUUUUAUUUAUACAUACGUUUUUUAGAUGUUCAUUAAAAAAUUUUAUUUAAACUAGUUUGCUUAAUAUGAAAACAAUAAAUC